AUGUCGAACCUUCCAUCUGAGCCCGAGUUCGAGCAGGCAUACAAAGAGCUUGUAAGCACCCUUGAGAACAGCACAUUGUUUGAGAAGAACCCCGAGUUCCGAACGGCCUUGAGCGUUGUGUCCAUCCCCGAGCGUAUCAUCCAGUUCAGAGUCGUGUGGGAAGAUGACAGCGGCGCCCUGCAAGUCAACCGCGGAUACCGUGUGCAGUUCAACUCAGCGCUAGGCCCCUACAAGGGCGGUCUUCGUUUCCACCCCACUGUCAACCUGUCCAUCCUUAAGUUCCUUGGCUUCGAGCAGAUCUUCAAGAAUGCCUUGACGGGACUCCAAAUGGGUGGUGGCAAAGGUGGAGCCGACUUCGACCCCAAGGGCAAGAGCGACAACGAGAUCCGCAAGUUCUGCGUUGCUUUCAUGACGGAGCUGUCCAAGCACAUCGGUGCCGACACUGAUGUCCCAGCUGGAGACAUUGGCGUCAGCGGCCGAGAAAUCGGCUGGAUGUUCGGAACCUACCGCAAGCUCCGAAACCAGUGGGAAGGAGUGUUGACUGGAAAGGGUGGCAGCUGGGGUGGAUCCUUGAUCCGGCCCGAAGCUACCGGAUACGGCCUCGUCUACUAUGUCGGCCACAUGCUCGAGUAUGCCGGCAAGGGAGACUGGACGGGAAAGCGAGUGGCUAUCUCCGGCUCCGGAAACGUUGCGCAGUACGCCGCCUUGAAGUGCAUUGAGCUUGGAGCCACUGUUGUGUCCCUGUCCGACUCCAAGGGUGCCCUCAUCGCCGAGGGCGACAAGGGCUUCAAGCCCGAGGAGGUAUACCAAAUUGCCGACCUCAAGGUGGCCCGAAAGGCUUUGACUGCGUUCGAGAACAGCUCAUACAAGUACAUUGAAGGUGCCCGCCCAUGGGUACAUGUCGGCAAGGUUGACGUUGCCCUGCCAUGUGCGACUCAAAACGAGGUCAGCAAGGAGGAAGCGCAGACCCUUGUCGACAACGGCUGCUUGUUCAUUGCCGAAGGUUCCAACAUGGGUUGCACGCAGGAAGCCAUCGAUGUUUUCGAAGGCGUAAGGAAGGCUAAGGGAGGCGAGUCUAUCUGGUACGCCCCAGGUAAAGCUGCCAACGCUGGUGGUGUUGCCGUCUCUGGUUUGGAGAUGGCUCAGAACAGCCAGCGUCUAAACUGGACUUCGGAGGAAGUCGAUGAGAAGCUCAAGGGCAUUAUGAAGAAUGCUUUCGAGAAUGGUUUGAACACGGCCAAGGAGUACCUCACAACCAAGGACGGUGAACUGCCCAGCUUAGUUGCUGGCAGCAACAUCGCCGGUUUCGUGAAGGUUGUGAGUGCCAUGAAGGAUCAAGGCGACUGGUACUAG